AUGGAGCCAGAGCUAGAGCUAGAGGCCGACGGUAGCUCUAGUCAGUGCAAGACUCCAGCAGAGCUAGAGAAUAGCUAUAGAAGAGAGAACACUACGCCAUCAAGUCUAAAGUUAAGCGGGCUAGUGAGGAGGCACAAGCGUCAACGAGCACGACCAUCGCCUCUUACAGACUCUGUCAGGAGGCGUUUGCUUGCCAAAAUAUGUGGGACUGUAGCUGUAGAGUCAAAGAGAUCUAAAGUAGCUGAACUAGUGAGCUCGAGCAGCUCCAACAUUAACAGUGAAGUAGCCGGCGCCGAGCUUGAGAGCAGCACAAAAAGUGAAGUAGCAGAGGUUGAGAGCAGCACAAAAGGUGAAGUAGCAGAGGUUGAGAGCAGCACAAAAGGUGAAGUAGCAGAGCUUGCCAGUACCACCGGCACCAGGACCAACAUCACCUUUGACACCUUGAAAGGCUUCCUGUCUAAAGAUCGGUACAGUUCUCUUCAUGUACAAACUCUUACAGUUUCUGACAAGACUGCUGUGAUCGUUGAUAGACCCUACAAUGACAAUUCGGUUGGACUCAUUUCUAACCCACGUUUGUGUUUGUCAGAGGUGGAAGAAGGAAUUGAGUACUCUUUUCAAGUGUUCUAUAAUACGAUCGCUAGUGGUUGCUGUAGUAAUGACAUGUCAGAAAUAGAAUGCUACCUGUCACAGCUUCUCACUACUUCCAGUUACGCUGUUUGCCCUGGUGUCCGUGAAUAUCCAUCGUGUAUACAAUUCAAGACAAAGAAUUUGGUAGUAUGGAAGGAGCCAUUCAAUCGUUACUUCUCAACUAAGUGUAGUCAAUGGCAUAUCCCAAAUAACGUCCAUCAGGUACAUAUACCAAACUCCACAGCUUUUAACUGCUGUAAAGCUUGCAAGCAGCUUAUUCAUGACAUUCGCCAGUUACAGCGAUCAUCAGAGGCAGUUUCAGACACCACUCGUGCACAACGUCGCUCUGCGAGUUCUCAGUACUCUAUAUCGCGGCUAUCACCAGAAAGCCAGGCUAUCAGACGGGCAGAUAAAAUUAUUAAGAAACAGCGAAAGAAAAAGUUGAGCAGAGUACUACCAUCGACAUCAUGAUAAAUAAUUACAAAUGCAAAUGUUCGUGUUAAAACUUUAUCAUCUUUGUCAUGCAGGCAUAAGUUGGGGUGUACUAUAUAAUCAAUUAUACCCAAUUCUCAUGACGUACUUGAGCUAGCGUUACAAAUACAUGCAGUGACUCUGUUGUUGUGUUGAAUAUAUAUAUACACCUAUAUAA